CGAGGACACUCCCACUCAUGACGACACCAGACAGACAAGACCUCAUCAGCAAUGCAGUCGCAUUUCUCUCUGAUUUCAGCACUCAGCAGGCUCCGCUCGCACAGCGAGUGCAAUUCCUCGAAGCAAAAGGUCUCACCAGCCCAGAAAUCGAGGAGGCCUUGAAACAGGCUGCCAACAAAACACCACCCCUGCAGCCUUCUCCGCAAACUCAUUCACACUCCGUGUUGUAUGGCCCAUCCCCAUACAACGCUCUCCAACCACAACCAUGGGAUUGGAGGGACUACUUCAUAACCGCCGUCAUAUCUGGAACGGUGGUAUACGGUGCCGUGUCCUUGUUCAAGAAGCACCUGGCUCCCCAUCUGAAACCCCCGACGGCCACUGCAUACGAACAAGACCGGGACGAGUUAACGGCUCAGUUCGAUGCUGCAGAAGCUCUUCUAAAGGAAAUACAGGAUGAGACGGCUUCGGUGCGCGCGGCCGUCGAAGAACAAAGGGAAAAGGUGGAUAAAGCCACCAAGGACGUCGAGUCUGUGGUAGUCGAGAUGCGCGAAGGAGAGGCGAGAACAAGGGAUGAGAUGCGAGAGAUCCGCGAUGAAGUGGAAAACAUCCGGGAAAUGCUACCCAAGAUGAUCGAGAACAACAAAGAGGCGCAGAAGCAAUCACUCUCGGAGCUGCAGCAAGAGCUCAAAUCCUUAAAGACCUUGUUACUCAGCCGGAGUGGUACUCUGUCGAACCGUCGAAUACCUUCUUGGCAGCUUGUAGGCGCAGCACCGACACCUUCGUCUGAGCCUGCGGGUGGCAGCCGAACCGGUACAUUUACACCACCGAUACAGUCUAACGGGAAGGGGAAGGAUUUGGAGAUCCCUGUAGACCAUGCAUCGUAAUCUGUAGCUCUGAAGUACUUGUCGGAACUGCUAAAUAAUGAGUAGCGUUUAUCGACUGUC